CGGCCAAAAUCAACAGUCUCUCUCUCCCCCCCGCGAUCAUCACACUUCAUAAACCUCGCGGAUCGGAUCUUGUUCUGGGCACUUCUAAAAUCUCACCAGCUCCUCGGAAUUUCGCUGGUUUUUGAUCGAUUAGGGUUUGUUUUUCUCUCAGAAAUGGUGUUCUGCUCGGGAAUUGUGGCCUGCUUCAGUGUCGCCGGCGGAUAAUCUUUCUGAUUAAGCGAACCAGAAGCGGUUUUCUCGGCGGAGUUGUCGUGGAAAUGGCGGCUUCGCCUGCGAAAUUCUUCUUCGGGUUCUUGAUUGCUUCCAUCACUUUGUGGAUGGUCUUCAUACUUUGUUCUAGGUUGUUUGCCUGGAUUCUUAGCCGAGUUCUUGGAGCAUCCGUAGGGUUUCGGGUUGGUGGUUGGAAAUGCCUAAGGGAUGUAGUGGUGAAGUUUAAAAAGGGUGCCAUUGAGUCGGUGUCUGCUGGGGAAAUUAAAUUAAGCUUACGCCAGUCCUUGGUUAAACUAGGCGUCGGUUUUCUUUCUAGAGACCCGAAAGUGCAAGUUUUAAUAUGUGAUCUUGAAAUCGUGAUGAGGUCCUCAAAUUCAAGCGGAAGUUCACAUAAAACGAAAAGUCGGAAACCACGUACUUCAGGCAGAGGAAAAUGGAUGGUUGUCGCUAACAUUGCGAGGUUUUUAUCAGUAUCAGUGACAGAGAUGGUUGUGAAGGGCCCAAAGGCGAUGAUAGAAGUCAAGGAGCUCAAAUUGGAUAUAUCUAAGGAUGGUGGGACAAAGCCAAAUCUAUAUGUUAAGCUGCAGUUACUACCUAUUCUGGUUCACUUAUGUGAAUCAAACAUUAUUUCUGAUCAUUCCUCAAACUUAAGCAAUGGUAGAUGUUCUGCUCUGCAAGCAUCUUCUAGUGCACUAGAGAGAUCCUCUGCCUUUUUCUUCUGCGAAGAAUUUUCUCUUUCUUCUGAAUUUGGUCAUGAUAGACAAGCAGGUAUUAUUAUACGUAAUGUAGAAAUUAUCUCUGGAGAUGCAAUAUUGAAUCUUGAUGAAGAUUCAUUUUCUAAAAGCAAGAGGUCAUCAACUUCUGUUCAUUCAGAAGAAGUCGUCAACAAACCUCGUAAACAACAGCAGCUGCUUGUAACACUUGCAAAGUAUUCUGCAUCUUUCCCCGAAAAGGUUUCUUUUGGUUUACCAAAACUGGAUAUCAGAUAUGUGAACCGAGAACAUGAUCUUCUUAUCGAGAAUAACAUCACAGGCAUUGAAUUGAAAAGCGUUAAAUCAAGGUCGUUUGAAGACACGGGGGAGAGUACCCGCCUUGAUGUUCAGAUGGAAUUCAGCGAGAUUCAUCUUUUUAGAGAAUCUGGCUCCUCAAUUUUAGAGAUUAUGAAAGUUGAUGUUGUAUCCUUUAUCUACAUACCAAUUCAGCCAAUAUCGCCUGUUAGAGCUGAAGUUGAUAUUAAGCUGGGAGGUACCCAAUGCAAUCUCUUCAUUACUAGAUUAGAGCCAUGGUUGCGCCUUCAUUUCUCGAGAAAGAAAAAACUAGUGCUUCAGGAUGGAUCUUCCACUCUUGAGAAAUCGAAAUCUACCGAUUUGAAAGCUAUUAUGUGGACUAGCACUGUUUCAGCCCCUGAGAUGACUGUUGUGCUAUAUGGUAUUGACAAUCUACCUGUGUAUCAUUUUUGCUCUCAGUCAUCACAUGUGUUUGCAAACAAUAUUUCUAAUAUGGGCACAGCCAUACACAUAGAACUUGGUGAACUAAAUUUGCACUUGGCGGAUGAGUACCAAGAAUGCUUCAAGGAGACCCUUUUCAGGAUAGAACCAAAUUCUGGUUCUUUGAUGCAUGUGGCAAAGGUUAGCUUGGAUUGGGGCAGGAGAGAGAGAACAUCAUCUGAUGAAGUUGGUUGCAAGAGUAAAUUAGUUCUCUCAGUUGACGUGACUGGAAUGGGAAUUCAUUUUUCCUUCAAACGUGUUGAAUCACUCAUAAUAAAUGCCAUGUCUUUUAAAGGGCUCUUGAAAAGUUUAUCUGUUGCUACUAGACAGACAGUUACGACUGGGGGAGUGCAUAUAUCCAAAGCUUCUGGUAAAGGAACUCGACUUAUGAAACUUAACCUGGAACGCUGCUCCAUAAAUUUCUCUGAUGAUACAGGUUUAGACAAUACGAUAAUCGAAGAUCCUAAGUCUGUCAAUUAUGGAUCACAAGGUGGCCGAGUGGUAUUUAGUUCUUUGGCUGAUGGUACACCACGUACUGCAAGCAUUUUUUCUAUUGCUUCUGGAGAAUGUAAAAGGUUGAAGUACUCAGUCUCUCUUGAAAUAUUACAUUUUAGCUUUUGCAUGAACAAGGAAAAACAGUCGACCCAAAUGGAACUUGAAAGAGCAAGAUCCAUCUACCAGGAAUAUCUGGAGGAACAUAAGCCUUGUUCAAAGAUCACAUUGUUUGAUAUUCAGAAUGCAAAGCUUGUACGUCGAACUGGUGGUCUUAAGGAAAUUGCUGUUUGCUCUCUCUUUAGUGCCACUGAGAUUACAUUGAGGUGGGAACCUGAUGCACAUCUCUCUUUGUAUGAACUCAUUUUGCGGUUGCGAUCUCUAGUAUAUGCGCAGAAGCUUAAAGAAUGUGGAAAUGAGCAUAUAAAAGAUAUCUCUACUGUGCGAGAUAGUGAACAGAGAGAAGGGUUAUCUCAGUCCAGUUCUGCUGAUAAGCACAAGAAAAAGGAAUCUAUGUUUGCUAUUGAUGUGGAAACACUGAUUAUAUCUGCCGAAGUAGGAGAUGGGGUUGAAGCUGAACUUCAGGUCCAAUCAAUUUUCUCAGAGAACGCAUAUAUAGGGGUGCUUCUUGAAGGGCUUAUGCUUGGCUUCAAUGGAUCUAGAGUAUUUAAGAGUACCAGGAUGCAAAUAUCAAGGAUUCCUACUGCGUCUUCGAAUUUGUCUAAUGCAGUACCGGUUUUGGCAAGUGGCCCUUGGGAUUGGGUAGUACAAGGACUUGAUGUGCAUGUUUGCAUGCCAUACAGAUUACAGUUGCGUGCAAUAGAUGAUUCAAUUGAAGAGUUGUUGCGAGGCUUGAAACUCAUAACUGCAGCCAAAAAUAAGAUUUUUUCUCCUUUGAAGAAAGAAAGCUCAAAGUCAAAAAAAUCUAAUACGAAAUUUGGCCGUAUAAGAUUUUGCAUACGCAAGUUGACUGCAGAUAUUGAGGAAGAACCAAUUCAGGGUUGGCUGGAUGAGCAUUAUCAGCUAAUGAAGAGAGAAGCCUGCGAGUUAGCUGUCAGGUUGAAAUUUCUUGAAGAAUCAAUUGUCAAAGCAGAACAGUCCCUUAAAGGUGCUGGGACAAAUGAUUCUGCCGCUGGAAGAAAGAUCUUUUUUGAUGGUUCUGAAAUUGAUGUUGAAGAUCCUUUUGCUAUCGACAAGCUGAAAGAACAGAUCUACAAAGGGUCUUUUCAGUCGUAUUAUCAGGCAUGUCAGUGUUUAGUCCCCUCAGAGGGUUCAGGUGCCUGUAGUGAGGGAUUUCAGGCGGGUUUUAAGCCUAGUGCUGCUAGAACUUCUGUUUUUUCUGUUUGUGCUACUGAUUUUGACUUAAGCUUGACGAGAAUUGAUGGUGGUGAAGCUGGUAUGCUGGAAGUCUUGAAGAAGCUUGAUCCCAUUUGUCGAGAAAAUGAGAUACCUUUUUCUCGAUUAUAUGGAAGCAAUGUUGACUUGAAUACUGGAAGUUUGGUUGUUCAAAUAAGAAAUUACAAUUUCCCUCUUCUCUCUGGUAUUUCUGGUAAAUGCGAAGGUCGUAUAGUGUUGGCUCAGCAGGCGACAUGUUUUCAGCCCCAAAUCUCACAAGAUGUCUUCAUAGGCAGAUGGAGAAAAGUGCGAAUGUUCCGCUCAGCUAGUGGCACUACUCCACCAAUGAAGACAUACUCAGAUCUGCGCAUAUUCUUUCAACAAGGAGAAAUUUCUUUUGGAGUUGGAUAUGAACCAGCUUUUGCGGAUAUUAGUUAUGCUUUCACCGUUGCACUCCGUAGAGCUAAUCUCAGUCAUAGGCAUCCAGGUGCCCCCCAAGCUGCCAAAAAGGAAAGAAGCUUACCAUGGUGGGAUGAUAUGAGAAACUACAUUCAUGGAAAUAUCACUUUAUUUUUUUCUGAAUCAAAGUGGACAAUUCUUGCUACCACUGAUCCAUAUGAGAGUGAUGAUAAGCUUCAAAUUGUCUCUGGUCCUAUGGAACUUCAGCAGUCUGAUGGCCGUGUCUUUGUCUCUGCUAAGGACUUCAAGAUAUUAUUGAGCAGUCUGGAAAGUUUGAUUAGUAGGCACGCUUUAAAGAUUCCAGCCGUCACAUCUGGAACUGCGUUCAUUGAAGCCCCAGUGUUUAAUCUUGAAGUUACAAUGGACUGGGAAUGUGAGUCUGGGAAUUCAUUGAAUCAUUAUCUCUACGCACUUCCAACUGAAGGGAAGCCUCGUGAGAAGGUCUUUGAUCCUUUCAGGUCUACAUCACUUUCACUUCGGUGGAAUUUCUCACUUAGACCUGAAAAAUCUCACCAAUCUUCUUCUGGUGCUAUCAAUCCGUUAGAGGGUAUAACUGCCUAUGGUCCAGAAGACAAGCCUGAGAAUUUAUCUUUUUCAUCACCAACAAUGAAUCUUGGAGCUCAUGAUUUGGCAUGGAUAAUGAAGUUUUGGGGCAUGAAUUAUUAUCCUCCUCACAAGUUGCGGUCCUUCUCUCGAUGGCCCCGAUUUGGCAUCCCAAGAGUUGCCAGAUCUGGAAACUUAUCUCUAGAUAAGGUGAUGACAGAAUUUAUGCUCCGCGUUGAUGCAACACCUUCCCUGGUAAAGUACAUGCCUUUGGAUUUUGAUGACCCUGCCAAAGGACUGACUUUUAAUAUGACAAAGCUAAAAUAUGAAUUGUGUUAUAGUCGGGGGAAGCAAAAGUAUACAUUUGAAUGCAAGCGUGAUGCUCUUGACCUUGUAUAUCAGGGCCUUGACCUUCACAUUCCUAAGGCUUUUAUCAAUAAAGAUGAAAGCCCUCAUGUCACCACAACAAUUCAAUUUUUGAGGAAAAACUCUCAUGGUGCUUUAAUGGACAGAGUACCCUCUGGAAAGGGCAACCAUAAGAGGGAUGAGAAGCAUCGAGAUGAAGGGUUUCUACUCUCAUCAGAUUAUUUUACUAUCAGGAGGCAGGCCCCCAAAGCUGAUCCUGAAAGAUUAUUGGCCUGGCAAGAGGCUGGAAGGAGGAAUCUUGAAAUGACGUAUGUGAGGUCUGAGUUUGAGAAUGGAAGUGAGAGUGAUGAACAUACACGAUCAGAUCCUAGUGAUGAUGAUGGUUACAAUGUAGUCAUAGCUGACAACUGUCAGAGGGUUUUCGUUUAUGGCCUCAAACUCUUGUGGACCUUAGAGAAUAGGGAUGCUGUUUGGUCCUUUGUUGGUGGAAUAUCAAAGGCUUUUGAACCUCCUAAGCCUUCUCCCUCUCGUCAGUAUACACAGAGGAAGGUACAUGAAGAAAACCAAAAAGAAUCUGGAUCAGAAAUGCAUAAAGAGGAAACGUCGAGACCUUCUGCAGGUGUUGGAGAGAACUCUACUUCUCAGCAUAUUGAGACAGCCGGACCACUAUCAUCACCAUCGCAUUCAAUGAAAAUGGAGAACUCAUCUGACAUAGUUGGUAAAAGUGAUUCUGAGGAAGAAGGGACUCGUCAUUUCAUGGUGAAUGUUAUUGAGCCGCAGUUUAAUCUACACUCAGAAGAAGCUAAUGGCCGUUUUCUGCUUGCUGCUGUUAGUGGCCGUGUUCUGGCACGAUCAUUCCACUCUGUUCUGCGCGUUGGUGUUGAGGUGAUUGAACAGGCACUUGGUACUGGAAGUGUCAAGAUUCCAGAAAGUAGUCCUGAAAUGACAUGGACUCGAAUGGAAUUUUCAGUAAUGUUAGAGCAUGUGCAAGCUCAUGUUGCUCCAACUGAUGUUGAUCCAGGUGCUGGGCUACAGUGGCUCCCGAAAAUUCGCAGAAACUCUCCAAAAGUGAAACGCACUGGGGCUCUACUUGAGAGGGUCUUCAUGCCUUGCGAUAUGUAUUUUCGAUAUACUAGGCACAAAGGUGGAACCCCAGAUUUGAAGGUGAAACCGUUAAAGGAGCUCACUUUCAAUUCGCACAAUAUAACUGCUACGAUGACAUCUCGGCAGUUCCAGGUUAUGUUGGAUGUUUUGACAAAUCUUCUCUUUGCAAGGCUUCCAAAGCCUCGAAAAAGUAGUCUCCAGUAUCCGACUGAAGACGAUGAAGAUGUUGGAGAAGAAGCUGAUGAGGUAGUUCCAGAUGGAGUUGAAGAAGUAGAACUUGCAAAAAUCAACCUCGAAGAGAAAGAGCGGGAACGAAAGCUGCUUCUCCAUGAUAUUAGAAAAUUAUCCCAUUCUUUUGAUACUUCCGAAGAUCCACAAAUGGAUAGAGAGGGUAACUUGUGGAUGAUUAGUGGUGGAAGGUCCAUGCUGGUGCAAGGACUACAGAAAGAGCUUUUGAAGGCACAAAAGUCUAGAAAGGCGGCUUCUGCAUCUUUAAGAAAAGCUCUGCAGAAGGCUGCACAGCUCCGAUUGAUGGAGAAAGAGAAGAACAAAAGCCCGUCAUAUGCGAUGUGCAUAUCUUUACAAAUCAAUAAGGUCGUUUGGAGCAUGCUUGUUGAUGGUAAAUCGUUUGCUGAAGCUGAAAUAAAUGACAUGAUAUAUGACUUUGAUCGGGACUACAAAGACAUCGGUGUUGCUCGAUUCACCACCAAGUAUUUUGUUGUUAGGAACUGUCUGCCUAAUGCAAAGUCAGAUAUGCUUUUAUCAGCAUGGAAUCCUCCACCUGAAUGGGGAAAGAAGGUAAUGCUACGCGUUGAUGCCAAGCAAGGAGCACCAAAAGAUGGGCACUAUCCUCUUGAGCAAUUCCACGUGGAGAUUUAUCCUCUUAGGAUCCAUUUGACAGAGACAAUGUACAGAAUGAUGUGGGAGUAUUUCUUCCCGGAGGAAGAGCAGGAUUCACAAAGGCGACAGGAAGUGUGGAAGAUCUCGACUACUGCUGGUUCAAAGCGUGUGAAAAAAGGCUCAUCCGUUCAUGAAUCCUCUGGACCAACAAGCCAUUCCACAAAGGAGGUGGAGGUAGCAUCGAGAAUGAGUUCUGCAGUCGUCUCUUCCUCUGCGACCCUUCUGUCACAAACCAACACAGACAAUGCCCAAACAUCAAAUACGUUAAACGUGAGAUCCAGCACUGGUAAUUCAGCUCAUGAGUUGAGAAGAACAUCUUCUGUUGAUAGGACUUGGGAAGAUACGGUGGCAGUGGCAGAAUCCGUAACUAAUGAACUCGUUCUGCAAGUUCAUUGUUCUACUAUAGCAUCUUCUGUUGAACAACAGGAAGAUCCCUCUAAGCAGAAGCUCAAAGAUGCAAAAUCUGUCAAAUCUGGCCGGUCAUCUCAUGAAGAAAAGAAGGCUGGAAAAUCACAGGAGGAGAAGAAAUCUAGGCCUCGAAAGAUGAUGGAAUUUCACGACAUCAAAAUAAGUCAGGUGGAGCUUCUAGUUACGUAUGAGGGAUCGAGGUUUGUUGUAAAUGACCUCAAAUUGCUGAUGGAUACAUUCCAUCGUGAUGAGUUCACUGGGACCUGGAGGAGACUUUUUUCUCGUGUUAAGAAGCACAUAAUUUGGGGAGUGUUGAAGUCUGUUACCGGGAUGCAGGGGAAGAAAUUCAAAGACAAGUCACAGAACCAUCGUGAGUCUACUGAUAACGACUUCAAUCUAAGCGACAACGAGCAAACGGGGAAACAUGAUCAACAUCCAGUGACAUGGUUUAAACGCCAAAGUGAUGGAGCAGGUGAUGGGUUUGUUACGUCCAUUAGAGGACUCUUCAAUACUCAAAGGCGCAAGGCCAAAGAAUUUGUUUUGAGAACUAUGAGAGGUGAAGCAGAGAAUGACUACCAUGGGGAAUGGAGUGACAGCGAUGUGGAAUCCUCUCCUUUUGCUCGACAAUUGACCAUAACAAAAGCCAAGAGGCUCAUCAGACGACAUACUAAGAAAUUCCGUCCAAGAACUCAAAGAGGUUCAUCCUCACAGCAGAGAGAAUCACUUCCGUCAUCUCCAAGAGAGGCGACUGCAUUUGAUAGCGGUUCUUCUAGUGGAUCAUCGCCAUACGAGGAUUUUCACGAGUAACUGAUCCAGCUCGUCGGACUGGAAGAUGACAAAUGGGUUAUACAGGGUAGUGUGAGCUUCGGGUGAAGGCGGGAUCUUUCAGGAGAAUUGCCAGAUGCGUCCAUGGAAACAGAGGUUAGGAGAUGUAUUGGCUACUUCACACCAUUGAUGAGCAGGGAGAGGAAUCAUCAGAAUUGCUCGGCCUUAAAUGAAUUGUCCUCUGUAUAAAGUUCAUUCUUUUCGGCGACUGAAAUAGAAUUCCGUUAGAGAGAGAGAGAGAGAGAGAGAUCAACAGUGUUGUAAGUACGUUUGGUAUAUGGCACAAGUAAAAAAAUAAAAACCACAGGUUUCAUAAUCUUCAUUCUUUUCUCAUUCA